AGAGAGAGAGAAAGAGACUACGCAAACCCAGCGGCGCGUUUGAAGCAUCAUCCCCGGCUUCGCCUCCUCCAUCGACGGUCCGCAGGCGAGCAGAGAGCCGGGAUUUCGGCGACACACAUCUUCCCCUCAGUGAUGGAGAGCCUGCUGGACAACCCGAUGAAAGCCGUCUUGUACCUGAAGGAGCUCACCACCAUCGUGCAGAACCAGCAGAGCCUCAUCCAGACGCAGCGGCAGCGCAUCGACGAGCUCGAGCGGAAGGUCGAAGACCUGAUCGGCGAGAACAGACACCUGCGGGACCCCCAGCAGUACGUGCAGCAGCAGCACGCGCAGCCUCCACCAGCGCACGCCCACCCGCAUCAGCACCACCAGAGCGGCGGCAACAAGGCUGCAGCGCACAGCGGCCAGCAGGCGCAGCAACAGCAGCAUCAUCAUCAUCAUCAUCACCAACAGCAUCAUCACCAUCAUCACCAGCAGCAGCAGCAUCAGCAACACCCGACCCCUCCUGCUCCGGCUCCGGCGCCGCAUCACCCGCAGCAGCUCCAGCUGGUGCCCACCUCGCCACAGUCUCCCCAAGCUAGCCAAGCCAGUCCGGACCCCAGCGAGGAGGGCAAGAGGAGCCCCUGCUGCAAGUCGCUGGUCCCGCAGACCCCCACCACCUUGUGCCGCUCGGUCGGACUGGCCAGGAAAGCAGACAACCAAACCGUGCUCCAUCAGUUCUGUUGCCCGGCCCCGGACGCCCCGGAGGGUGAGGUCUCGUCCGCCUGCGUGCCCAGCGAUGACCUUUCUCCAGACCCGUCAGUGGGUGAGGAAGGGGAGGGAGGAGAGGGGGAGCUGCAGAGUGAGGCCCAGUCACAACCACAGCCCCAAGAGACUCCGCCCCCGGAGCCUGAGUGCGAGCCUCAACCGGAGCAGUCGCCGCCCGAAACUGAACAGGAAUUAAAACCUGAACCAGAAGCAGAGCUCGAGAUUCAAGUCGAAUCCUCGGGCGGGGACGAAGCGCAGGAAGUUGGACCGCCCCCCGGUGGCCUGGAGGAAGAGUGCACAGCAGAGGAGGAAACAAAGGGAAAUCAGGAAGCAGGGGAUGCUCAAGAUAAGGAAGAAGAGGAGGAGGAGGAAGGGGGAGGAGCUAAAGGAGGCGGAACGACGAGGAGGGCCAGCCUCCAUCACACGGCCUCGCCCCUGAGGGUGCAGCGUAACGGGGCCGGCUCGCACUCGGCCACCUCCGACUAUGAGCUCUCGCUUGACCUCAAAAACAAGCAGAUCGAAAUGUUAGAGCACAAAUACGGCGGCCACCUCAUUUCCCGCCGUGCCGCCUGCAAGAUCCAGACCGCUUUCCGCCAGUACCAGCUCAGCAAGAACUUUGAGAAGAUCCGCAACUCCCUGCUCGAGAGUCGCCUGCCACGCCGAAUCUCCCUACGCAGGGUGCGCACACAGAACACGGAGGGCUUCUCGGCCGAACGGGCCCUGGCGGAAGGCUGCAACCUGGCGGGCAUCCCCCUGGUGAGGUCGCCGUCACUGCCCACCACAGUGGGUGGCUCGCUCACCGACCUAGAGGACUCCUUCACUGAGCAGGUCCAGUCGCUGGCGAAGUCUAUAGACGAUGCGCUCAGCAACUGGAGCUUGAAAACUAUGUGCUCGCUGCAAGAGGGCGGCGCUUAUCAGUUCAAUGCAGCAGCGGUGGGAGAACAGGGGGAGUCUGCAAUUCACCAAGGCCCGGUUGACCCGAGUGAUCUGUCCAAAAGCGCAAGCAAGCUCAUGAUGGCCUUCCGGGAUGUGACGGUCCAGAUUGACAGCCAGAACUUUCGGGUUUCGUCUUCUGUCAUGGAGUCAUCAGCUUCCGUCACGCUGGGCAGCUGCACUCAACGAACCACUUCCAUUACAGAAAACUCCACUCCGCUCUCCGACACGUCACAGGAACCACAUGCUCCCCCAGCAGCUGACACCAUAGACCCUCCGCCACCACCUCAAGAGCACCCACCUCCCCCAGAAAUAGACUUGGACACAUGUGAUCAGGAUGUUGAGUUCCCCGCUCCACCACCGAGUGAGGAAGAGCUCACGGGUGAGGACCUGCCGUCCUUGACCCUCAUUGACAAAAUGGCUCCCCAACACAUCCCAGAGGAGGUUGCGGUGGUCACGCCUCCUCCGCCGGAGCCUCCUAAAUUCCUUGCUGCCACCGCAGAGCCGCUGGAAGUCAAGCGAAGUGGCUCGGAGACAGUCGACAACAGCUCGGAGCAGAUGAGCAGCAGCAGCGCUUCCACGGAGGCCCGCUCCACGUCGGAGGCCUCCUCCAAGGAGGCGCUACAGGCCAUGAUCCUCAGCCUGCCCCGCUACCACUGCGAGAACCCCGCCAGCUGCAAGUCGCCGACGCUGUCCACAGACGUCAUGAGAAAACGCCUCUACCGCAUUGGCCUCAACCUAUUCAAUGUAAAUCCUGACAAGGGCCUGCAGUUCCUGAUAUCGCGAGGAUUCAUCCCUGACACCCCCAUCGGCGUGGCCCACUUCCUGCUGCAGAGGAAAGGUCUGAGUCGACAGAUGAUCGGGGAGUUCCUGGGCAACAGCAAAAAGCCCUUCAACAGGGACGUCCUCGACUGCGUGGUGGACGAGAUGGAUUUUUCAGGCAUGGAGCUGGACGACGCGCUGAGGAAAUUCCAGGCCCACAUCCGCGUUCAGGGAGAGGCGCAGAAGGUGGAACGUCUCAUCGAGGCCUUCAGCCAGCGCUACUGUAUGUGCAACCCUGACGUGGUGCAGCAGUUCCACAACCCGGACACCAUCUUCAUCCUGGCUUUCGCCAUCAUCCUGCUCAACACAGACAUGUACAGUCCCAACAUCAAGCUCGACCGCAAGAUGAUGCUGGAGGACUUCAUACGCAACCUCCGAGGUGUUGACGAUGGAGCGGACAUCCCUCGCGACAUGGUGGUGGGCAUCUACGAAAGGAUACAGAUGAGAGAAUUGCGCUCCAAUGAGGAUCACGUCACUUACGUCUCCAAGGUGGAGCAGUCCAUUGUGGGCAUGAAAACGGUUCUGUCGGUGCCUCACAGAAGGCUGGUGUGCUGCAGUCGUCUAUUUGAGGUGACGGACGUCAACAAGGCCCAGAAGCAGGCGGCGCACCAGCGAGAAGUGUUCCUCUUCAACGAUCUCAUUGUGAUACUGAAGCUUUGUCCAAAGAAGAAGAGUUCAGCAGCCUACACGUUCUGCAAAGCCCUGGGCCUUCUCGGCAUGCAGUUCCACUUGUUUGAGAACGAAUACUACCCUCAUGGUAUCACCAUCCUCUCGCCGUUUGGCUCCGACAAAAAGCAGGUGCUGAACUUUUGUGCCCAAAGUGCAGAGGAGCUGCUCAAGUUCAUAGAAGACCUGAAGGAGUCCAUCGCAGAGGUGUCGGAGAUGGAGCAGAUACGCAUCGAGUGGGAGCUGGAAAAGCAGCAGGGGUCCAAGACGCACCCGAUAAACAACGGCACACAACUGGAGCUGCGUGGCAAACAUGGCGGCAUGUCAGUAGGAAUCCAGGAAGGAGAGGACAUUAGUGGACACAAUGCAGUGGAGGUGUCAAUUCACAACAGGCUUCAGACGUACCAGCUCAGCUCGAGUCCCGAGAGCGUGGCCCUUCUUAACCACCGAGGAGAGCUGCUCUUCCACCCGGGGCUAACCCAGGGCCCGGCGCCUCCACCUCAACAUCUGCAGCUGCGCUCGGCGGCCAGCACCCCCGCCCACCGGCCAUACCCCCAGACGCCGCCGUCGCCAUCGCCACAUCCGCCGCCCGCCGUCAGCGUGGCCGAUCUGCGGCCCGAGACGCUCAUCCAGUGUCAGCAGAUCGUCAAGGUCAUCAUGCUGGACAACAGCGGCCACGCCCGCGUGGAGGCCUUCCUCAGCCACGCGCCCGCCCACCCACAUCCGCACCCCCACCGCUACCAGCACUACCAGCUCAGUCAGUCGGCCACGUCCACGCCGCUUCGCUCGCCCGACAACUCGCAAGGCGGCGGUGACGGCCACCAGCCCCCGCUCCCCCCGCCCCCGCCGCCGUACAACCACCCGCACCAGUACAUCCCCCCAGACCCUCGCCUCGGACUCCAUCGGACCCCCAGCGGGUCUCGGAGCAUGGUGUAAAUAGAAUUAAAGCCCCUUCCAGUACAUAAUGUACAUAAGAUCACACUUCUAUGCUUAUAUUUAGGAAAAUAUGCUUAGAUUUAAAGAAAUAUGAUGCAUAUAUAGGAUUUUACUUGACCACGCGUGUAUUUUCAAACACGUUUUUAGGACCGGUUUUAACACACGCUUGAUUAAAAGUCAACGCCAACCAGGAUGUGGGAGAAGAUAAGAUCACCUUCCUUCUUUCCUUCCUUUCUCGCUCCCUUCCUUCUUCCUCAUCCAAUACGCUUGUGCCAAAAAUAUCAACAAAAAAAGCCUCCAGCAAAAUAAUAAGAACACAUGGCCAUUGCCAAGGCUUCAGAAAAGAACAAUUGUCCUUCCUUCUCAAGUAUGGAUUUAUUGGAUGGAUGCAAAAACUGCAAGAAAAAAAAAGUUUCAUCAGACUCACUGUGGCCGCCAUGUUUUGCCAACUCUUUAUGUCGUUGCCAUCUACUUUGUCUGAGUGUGUUAUCUUUCUCAAUCUGCAGCCCUGCUUAUCUUUUUAGUCUGACAUUUAUCCCAAAAGGCAGGGAAACAAAAAAACAACAGCCUGUAGUGACAGCUGAUUUAAAAAAAAAAAAAAAAAAAAGG